AUGAUGGAGGGGCAGGAGAGCUCUUCAUCUAGCAACUAUGGAGAUGUCCAAGAGAUCGAAGGCCCUCAAAAGGGUCGAUGUUAUGGUGUCGUAAGCGAUUUUCUCGCCAGGCUUGAACACUUCACCUGGGCAAAUUACACGUUCCCCAUGGCCACCGGCGGUCUUGCUUUGCUUCUAGCAGAGCAGACUCAAGGCUUUACCUUCACAGGCCUUCAGACAAUCGGAAAAGCAGUUUACAUAUUUGACCUUGUCGCUUUCACACUUGUUACUAUCGCCAUCGUUUAUCGCUUCGUCAAAUUCCCCGGCACUUUGAAGGCUUCGGUCAGUCACCCGACAGAGGGCCUAUUCCUCGGAACAUCGACGCUCAGCGUAGCAUCUAUCAUCUGCGGCAUUGCCCGUUAUGGAAUCCCCGCCUGCGGACCGUGGCUUAUCACGGCGUAUAGGGUCUUGUUUUGGAUAUACUUCUUGAUCACAUUUGGAAUUGCGGUUGGCCAGUAUGCUCUACUGUUUACCUCACCUCGCUUGAAGAUUCAGGAUAUGACUCCAGCAUGGGAUCUUCCUAUAUUUCCCUUUAUGCUGUCUGGUACCGUUGCCUCCUCAGGCGCCGCUCUCCAACCACCGAAUGAAGCCGUCCCUAUGAUCGUUGCUGGCCUGACCGCUCAAGGUCUUGGGAUGUGCGUAUCGAUCAUGAUGUAUGAACAGGCCAGCUAUGUACGACGGAUGAUUCAGUGGGGAUUUCCAUCGCCCAACUCACGACCUGGCAUGUUCAUAGCAGUUGGGCCACCUUCAUUCACCGGCCUCGCCAUCAUCGGUCUUGCGAAUGAUUUCCCCCGGCACUAUGAUUACUUCGGGCCCGACUCCAUCACUAUCCAGAUUCUACGAGUCUUCGCAACAUCUACGAGCAUAUUCCUCUGGUCUCUCAGCUUAUGGUUCUUCUGUAUUUCAGUAGUGGCUAACCUUGCCGUUAGAAAGCAGUUGAAAUUCCACUUGAAUUGGUACGCUUAUGUAUUCCCCAACGUUGGGUUCACAAUCACGACCAUUUCCAUCGGCAAGAGUUUCCAGAGCCGGGGAAUUAUGGGAGUUGGUAGCGCAAUGACACUGAUGCUAGUCGCGAUGUGGAUAUUCGUGUUUAUCCACCACAUAAAAGCUAUCAUCAACCGAGAAAUAUUGUUUGAGGGUAAGGAUGAAGAUGUAUACGUGAAUGAAAAAAAGCACGCCCACGUCAAACCUACCUCCAAAAGCGGGAGCGACGUAGAGAAGGAAGCAUGA